AUGAGAGCUGCCAUCCGAAGCCGUGCCUUUCAAUCUCCCACGCAGCAGCGAUGGGUCACUUCCUCACCUACAGUCUCCGUCUCGGGCACGACUACCCCCUUGCCAGCCAAUGCCCUUAACCAGAAACCCAAGUCGCCUUUCUACUUCGACACCGGAUAUUCUCUCUUCGCCAAACGCCCCUCUCGGCCAUUCCCUCCACCUUUCUUCUCUCCGCCUUCGGGAUCCUUUUCAGACCCGUUGAGCACGCACAACCGAAGCAGAGAUAGGAGAACAUACGUGAAUGGAGAAUUCAUAAGGGGUAUCACCAACGGAGAUGACGCUGUUCUUGUAGGAGAGAACUUUAUAGGGGCAAACGAUGGGGUUGGGGCUUGGGCUGCGAGGGAAAAGGGUCAUGCUGCGCUCUGGUCCAGAUUAAUCCUCCAUUUCUGGGCUCUGGAGGCAGAACGGGAUGCUUCUGUCACAGACGCUGCUGCUACGUCUUCGGAGCCUGAGCCGGUCGAAUAUCUACAGAAAGCAUAUGAGCAGACAAUAGCAGCGACUUCGUCACCAAAUGAGUGGAAUGGUACUACAACUGCCUGUGCCGCUCUUCUUCACUACAGUACCAACGAACCCAGAAUACCACUCCUUUAUGUAACGAAUUUAGGAGACUCCCAGUGUCUAGUUAUGCGCCCUAAAGAUCAGAGCCUUAUCUACAAAACUAGCGAGCAAUGGCACUGGUUCGACUGCCCACGGCAACUGGGUACCAACAGUCCAGAUACGCCCAUUGCUAACGCUGUUAUGGACAAGGUAACCAUCGAAGAGAACGACGUGGUGCUCGCCAUGUCUGAUGGUGUCGUUGACAAUCUCUGGGAACAUGAGGUUCUCGCGAAUGUCGUUGACAGCAUACGAAAAUGGGAGUCUGGAGCAGGCGGGGAGGCUUCCGGAGACAGAGCAGGUGGUGCUGCUGGUGGUAUGCUCUUUGUAGCGGAAGAGCUCAUGAAAGCUGCUCGGAUCGUCGCCGAAGACCCUUAUGCUGAAAGCCCCUUCAUGGAAAGAGCAGUGGAAGAAGGUUUAGCUAUGGAAGGAGGUAAAAACCACUAA